UUUAUGUUUUUUAUUUCGAUUCCUCAGUCAUUAUGUUCCUCUCUUUUUUUUCCACGGUUUCCUGGAUCUGCUUGUUCCCAGAUUCGAGCUUUGUGGGAUUUUUUAGCUGAGCGUUAUGAGCUUUUGGGGAGUUUUUUUGGAGUGAGGUUGUUGUUGUUGUUGUUGUAGUAGUAGUUGAUGUGUUGAGGGGAAUUGUGUUGUAGUGUUAGGGGUGGGGUGUUUGUUGUUUCUCACUAUGGCUGCCUUGGCUGCUGCCACUACGGUUGUGGGCCAAGCUGUGACCCUCAAGGGUUUAUCGACCUCUGCGUCUUCCUCCUCCUCGUUGCUCAAGAGCGAUGCCAGCGAGUUUUUUUGUGCCCAGAAGCUGAAUUUAUCGAAAGGAUAUCACUCUUCGUUGCGGCUUCGCAGUAAUGGAAAGAGCAGGAUUGCGGCAUCCGCGGUGCCGGACUCCUCUGCAGAGUACCCUGCUGAGAAGCCACCGACUCCCCUUUUGGAUACUAUUAACUAUCCUAUGCACAUGAAGAACCUCACCGUGCGAGAGCUGAAACAACUCGCUAAUGAAGUGAGAGCAGAGACCAUUCACACUGUGUCGAAGACUGGAGGACAUUUAGGCUCCAGUCUAGGUGUGGUGGAGCUCACCGUGGCCCUUCAUCAUGUCUUCAAUUGUCCGGAAGAUAAGUUUUUGUGGGAUGUUGGUCAUCAGACUUACCCACACAAAAUUUUGACCGGGAGAAGGGGCAAAAUGCACACAUUGAGGCAAACCGACGGGCUUUCAGGUUUUGUGAAGAGAGCUGAGAGCGAGUACGAUGCGUUCGGAGCUGGUCACAGUUCCACCAGUAUCUCUGCUGGGUUAGGAAUGGCUGUUGGGCGGGAUUUGAAGGGCAAGAAAAAUAACGUGAUUGCCGUUAUUGGUGAUGGCGCUAUGACCGCUGGACAGGCUUACGAAGCUAUGAAUAACGCUGGUUAUCUUGAUUGCAACAUGAUCGUAAUCCUCAACGACAAUAAACAAGUAUCUCUACCUACAGCUACUCUUGAUGGCCCUGCUCCUCCCGUUGGUGCUUUGAGUAGUGCACUCAGCAGGCUUCAGUCAAGCAGGCCACUGCGUGAGCUCCGUGAGGUUGCCAAGGGUGUCACUAAGCAACUUGGGGGUCCAGCGCACGUGUUGGCGUCUAAGGUUGACGAAUAUGCUCGAGGUAUGAUUAGUGGUUCUGGGUCGACUCUUUUCGAGGAGCUUGGGCUGUACUACAUUGGUCCUGUUGAUGGUCAUAACAUGGACGAUUUGGUGACAAUCUUGCGGGAAGUGAAGAAUACCUCUACAACUGGACCUGUGCUGAUCCACCUUGUGACUGAGAAAGGACGAGGGUACCCCUACGCUGAACGAGCAGCAGACAAGUACCAUGGUGUUGUGAAGUUCGAUCCAGCUACUGGGAAGCAGAACAAGGUAAAGGCUCCAACACAAGCUUACACCACGUACUUCGCCGAGGCAUUGAUUGCCGAGGCAGAGGUCGAUAAGGACGUUGUUGGAAUUCAUGCAGCGAUGGGAGGGGGUACUGGAAUGAACAUAUUUGCAAAGCGGUUUCCAGAGAGAUGCUUUGACGUGGGCAUUGCCGAACAACAUGCUGUGACGUUUGCUGCGGGACUUGCUUGCGAAGGAUUGAAGCCUUUCUGCAGCAUUUACUCUUCUUUCCUUCAAAGAGGAUAUGAUCAGGUCGUGCAUGAUGUAGAUCUCCAAAAGCUUCCUGUUAGAUUUGCAAUGGACCGAGCUGGGCUCGUUGGAGCCGAUGGGCCUACUCACUGUGGGGCUUUCGAUGUCACCUACAUGGCCUGCCUACCUAACAUGGUUGUAAUGGCUCCUGCUGAUGAAGCUGAGCUUUUCCACAUGGUAGCAACUGCUGCCGCUAUUGAUGACCGUCCCAGCUGUUUCAGGUAUCCCAGAGGUAACGGGAUUGGUGUCCAAUUGCCUGCAAAGAACAAAGGAAUUCCUAUUGAGGUCGGUAGAGGGCGAAUUCUACUGGAAGGUACUGAAGUGGCACUUCUAGGUUAUGGUACAAUGGUCCAAAAUUGCCUGGCUGCUCACGUCUUACUUGCCGACCUGGGGGUCUCAGCGACUGUCGCCGAUGCUCGGUUUUGCAAGCCCCUUGACCGUGAUCUUAUUCGCCAGCUUGCUAAGAACCAUCAAGUGCUUAUUACAGUGGAAGAGGGUUCUAUUGGAGGCUUUGGUUCUCAUGUUGUGCAAUUCAUGGCAUUGGAUGGGCUCCUCGACGGAAAGCUGAAGUGGAGACCACUUGUGCUACCUGACCGCUACAUCGAGCAUGGGGCUCCCAAGGACCAGUAUGCCGAAGCAGGUCUAACUGCGGGUCACAUUGCAGCCACUGCACUGAACGUUCUCGGGAAGACGAGAGAAGCGCUGCAAGUCAUGACCUAAGAUCUUCGUGGUUAAGAUAUGGUGAAUUCGUUGCGAACUAUGAUCCAGUCGACGACGGGCUUCUCAUCAAUCAAAGCAUUACCCAGAUUGCAUGUCUGAACAUGCCAUGUAAUGAACAUAUUCUGGUCUACUGUUCGUCUCCUUAAAUUUACAAGGCAACUUCUAUCAUUUGCUGAUUGCUUAGCAGACUUGAAGAUAGGGUCUUACUCGAAAGCUGAAACGUUGAAUAUAGAUGCUGCUACUCUAAAAUUAGAGCAGUUGGAUGGUUUCUAGGCAGUUAUUUGGUAUGCUACGCCAUGGAGGGCAAUCCGUACUGCACUGCUGUAGGCUUUGAGCCUAAACAAUGCCAAAGUUUGUACUUUACACACUCUUGUACACUAUAGUUUGAUCAUUCCCAUUUAAUAACUGUAAUGGGGUGCAUGAUGACUCUUUUUCUCAUCCAA